AGUAGAGGGGGCAGGGUGGAUCGCCAGAAGCAGGGGUGCUAGUCGGCAAGGAGCAAGGCUUUGCCUAGGUGCCACUGCCCAGACCCCUGGGCCCCUUGCCAUGGCAGGGGAGACAUUUCCAUUCACCUCCUCCACUCUGCGCGCUCUCCGCCUGCAGCGGGAGUGGCUGGAAUGGGAGGACCGCCGGCGGGCUGCUGCCCAGCAGUGCCGCAGCCACAGGUGUUUCUCAAGUCCCACUGCCCGACUCACGAGGCCUCGAAGGUCCUGCCGAGACCCAGCUGUCCACAAUGCCCUGUUCUCCGGUGACCUGCAGCAGGUCCAAACCCUGUUCCAAGAUGAAGAGGCCACCAACAUGAUUGUGGAGACCGUGAGCAACCAGCUGGCUUGGUCAGCAGAACAAGGAUUCUGGGUACUGACCCCCAAGACCAAGCAGACGGUACCUCUCACCAUUGCUGCAGCCAGAGGUUACACAGACUGCGCCCGCCACCUGAUUCUGCAGGGGGCUGAGCUGGAUGCCCGUGUAGGGGGUCGUGCUGCCUUGCAUGAGGCCUGUGCCCACGCCCAAUUUGACUGUGUGCAACUGCUGCUCACCUUUGGUGCCAAGACUAAUGUGCUGUCAGAGGAGGGCGUGACCCCCUUGCACCUCUGCACAGCUCCUGAGUCCUUGCAGUGUGCCAGGUUGCUGCUGGAGGCCGUAGCUGUGGUGAACCUGGCGGCGCAGGAGAGUGAGGUGACACCCCUGCAUGUGGCUGCUGCACGCGGCCUGGAGCAGCACGUGGCUCUCUACCUGGACUAUGGCGCCAACGUGGGUCUGCGCACCAGCCAGGGCGAGACGGCGCUGAAUGCAGCAUGUGCGGGAGCAGAGGGCCCGGGCCCUAGCAGGCAGCACGAGGCGGCAGCGCGCCGGCUCUUGGAGGCUGGGGCUGAUCCCAAGGCUGCUGGGCGCAAGCGCCACACACCAUUGCACAACGCCUGUGCCAAUGGCUGCGGUGGCCUGGCCGAGCUGCUGCUGCGCCACGGAGCCUACGCUGGAGUCCCCAACGGGGCAGGCCACACACCCAUGGACUGCGCGUUGCAGGCGGUCCAGGAUGCCCCCAACUGGGAGCCAGAAGUCCUCUUUGCUGCACUGCUGGACUACGGGGCCCAGCCUGUGCGCCCUGAG